AUGUGGUUUCUUGCGCUUCUCCUCGUCCAGCUUGUCCAGCUCGUCCUGGCGCAAUGCCCCGACUACCUCGACUACUCCAAAGAGCGACACGCGCCCUACUCGACCGGACCCCAACAGCUCCCGUACCAGCGGCCCGCGCCCGCCUGCCGCACCUUCAACUCGUCGGACGUCGAGGAGACCAUCGCGCGGCUGAAGAGCGUCAUUCGCGACCCGGACCUGGCGCGCCUGUUCGAAAACGCCUUCCCCAACACGCUCGACACGGCCAUCAAGUGGCACGGCUCCACUGAAGAACUCACCUUUAUCAUCACCGGCGACAUCAACGCCAUGUGGCUGCGCGACUCGGCCAACCAGCUGCAGUCGUACCGCUCGCUGCUGCGCCCUUCCUCCCAGCCCGACAGCCUCGCCGCCCUCUUCCGCGGCGCCAUCAACCUCCACGCCCGCUACCUCCUCACCGCCCCCUACUGCAACUCCUUCCAGCCGCCCGUCGAGUCCGCCAUCCCGCCCGACACCAACUCGGCCGCCGCCGACGACACCGUCACUCCGCCCUACUCCAAUGCCACCGUCUUCGAGUGCAAGUACGAGCUCGACUCGCUGGCCGCCUUCCUCCAGCUCUCGGCCGACUACCACGCCGCAACAAACGACACGGCCUUCUUCGGCCAGCACGCCUGGGCCCGCGCCGUCGAUGCCCUCCUCGCCGUCGUCGACGCAAUGACCUACUCGCCCACGUACGCCCCGGACGGCCGCCCCAUCUCCUCCCCCUACACUUUCUCCCGCCGCACCACCCGCGCCACCGAAACCCUCGCCAACAACGGCCUCGGUAACCCCGUCGCCAACGGCACGGGGCUCGUGCGCUCCGCCUUCCGCCCCUCAGACGACGCGACGCUCUUCCAGCUCUUCGUCCCCGCAAACAUGAUGCUCGCCGCGGCACUGGGCCCCGCCGCCACCAUCGCAGCCGGCAUUGGCGAUGCGGACCUCGCAGAGGCGCUGCGCGCGCGCGCUCUCGCUCUGCGGAACGCCAUAGCGCAGCACGCGGUGGUGCGCGCGGCCGACGGCGACGGCGACGUCUACGCCUUCGAGGUCGACGGCUUCGGCUCCGCUAACCUCAUGGACGACGCCAACGUCCCCUCUCUCCUCUCUGCCCCGUUCUUGGGCUUCCUCCCCCGCGACGACCCCGUCUACCAGCGCACUCGCGCCCGCCUCCUCAGCGACCGCAACCCCUACUUCAUGCGCGGCCCGGUUAUCAGUGCUGUUGGCGGACCGCAUCAGGGCCCGGGCUAUGCGUGGCCCAUGGCCAGUAUUAUGCAGAUACUGACAUCGGAUGAUGAGGAGGAGAUUGUGCGCGCGCUGGGCGAGCUGCUAAGGAGUACCGGGGGGUUGGGCCUGAUUCAUGAGAGCGUCAAUUCGUUUGAUGGGAAUGACUGGACGAGGCAGUGGUUCUCGUGGGCAAACGGCCUGUUCGGGCAGAUGAUCCUGGAUCUCGAGACCAGGAAGCCCGAGAUCCUCGCCAUGAGCUUCCAGUGA